GGAGAGCCCAACAGAGAGACUCUGCAUCCGCUCCUGGUAGCUGCUGCCGCUGCGCAUCGCUCUAACGGAUUUUAACUUGAUACACAUCUCAGGAUUUUUUUUUUUUAAGGGGAGAGGGGACUUGUGAAUAUCGCAAGCUGAACAUAUUCAUCGUCCUUUCUCCUACACAAGUGGAUCGUAAUUUGCUGUGGUUUUGUGGGAUAUUUCCGAUAAAAAGAUGCCUGCCGAUAUGAUGGAAAAAACCUCCUCCUCUCCGGUUGCUGCGACCCCGGCAAGCAUGAACACAACUCCCGAUAAACCCAAGACAGCUUCUGAGCACAGAAAGUCAUCCAAGCCAAUUAUGGAAAAGAGGAGAAGAGCCAGAAUCAACGAGAGCUUGGGGCAGCUGAAAACUCUCAUCCUGGAUGCGCUCAAAAAAGAUAGCUCCAGACACUCUAAACUGGAGAAGGCGGACAUCCUGGAGAUGACGGUGAAGCAUCUCCGGAACCUCCAGAGGGCUCAAAUGACCGCUGCCCUGAACACCGACCCCACUGUCUUGGGAAAAUACCGUGCCGGUUUCAGCGAGUGCAUGAAUGAAGUCACCCGAUUCCUGUCCACCUGCGAAGGUGUCAACACCGAGGUCAGGACUCGGCUCCUCGGCCACUUGGCCAACUGCAUGACCCAGAUCAACGCUAUGAACUACCCCAGCCAGCAUCAGCACCAACACCAGCUCCCAUCUACCGCCGGACCAACCCACCCCUCAUUCGGCCAGUCCAUGGUGCAGAUCCCCAGCUCAUCCCCGCAGGUCCUGCCCAUGAACGCGGUGUCCUGUAAAGGAGGCUCUUCGCCGGCUAAUUUACCUUCAGACGCCACCAAAGUGUACGGUGGUUUCCAGAUCGUGCCUGCCACAGACGGACAGUUUGCAUUCCUCAUACCCAAUGCGGCAUUUGCGCCAAACGGCCCCGUUAUCCCGGUGUACGCCAAUAACGUCGGCACACCGGUCCCUGUACCGGCUGCGGUUUCACCCGGAGCCCCAUCAGGCAACACGGACUCAGUGUGGCGACCCUGGUGAAAAGUGGAAAAAAGGACCAUAAAGACUUUAAAAUAGUUCUCUCUUUGUUCAAUGUUAGAAAGUUGUUUUAAAUCUGUUUUUUCUUGUAAAAUGGAAAGAGUAUGCACUAUAUUUGUACAGCUAACAAGGGAGUAAAGUUCAUAUUGAAAUGAGAUCUGUAUUGUGGAAGUCCGUUCACUGCAUUUUUUUAUAUAUUUGAGUUGUCUUUUUUUUACUGUGUGAUGCCAAAGAUAUGUUCAAUGCUCUUAUGAUGUUCUUCGUUUUGGAAGACAAAUAAAUUUGUAAAGAUAUUAAAAACA